AUCACCCAUCAGCCAAGUUGUCUAUCUUCUGCAAACACAAACAUCAAAUUUGAAAUUAUUCAUCAAAUGGAUAAAAUUAUUUUAAUUUGUAAAGAUAUAUGUGAGAAUUACCUUUUGUGAAAUAGCAAGAUUACUCUCUUUAAACUAGUGUAAUUUGGUAACGAUAUUCAAUUGAAGUAUGGCUGCCUAUGAAAAUAGUAGAAAGCAAUUGAUCAGACCAGAUCUAAAGAAACUUAUUCAGCACAUCACUAAUUUUACGAAUGACAGUUAUGAGUACAAGCAAUGCGAAGCCUAUGCAUUUUCACAACUGCUGUAUCAUAACUAUCUAUCAGUGAACAGACUAGAAGUGCAGAGAACCAUCUAUGGACUCAUAGAUAAAUUCAAUAUCCAUGGCCUCAAUGAAAAAGCAAAAAACCUGGAGAUGCUAGUCGAUAAGUUUGUCAAUGCUGACCAAUUCAGAGACCAUCGUGAGGUAGAUGUUCAAUGGAGCGUACUCCAGUUGCUUGCCUGUCUGUCAGAUAAUCCUACCAGCUUGACUUUGGGACAGGAUUUUCAACCAACUUCAUCGAGACAAUUUUCCGUACAAAAUGAGGAUGGCGUUGAUCCAAGCUCGCAGAAUAAUGAUGCAAUCAAUUGGGCAGAGUAUUUAAAAGAAGGCAAUGAACGAUUCAAUUCAACAAAUGAUUGUGAUGAAAGUAUUGUUCUGAGUGAUUUGGAUGAAGGAGAAGCCAAUUCAGGUGAAAUUGAAGAGGAUUCUAGAUUAUCACACACUGUGCAUUCGAUAAAUGAAAGCUUACUGGAGCCAAGUAGGCCUAGUGUAGAUAGGCAACCAGUCAGUAAGCUCAUCGAAGAUCGACAUACAGAUCAUGAAAACAUUUUAAAGCGGCAAAUUCAGUACGAUUGGUGGAACGAUGAGACUCUCCGCAUUGAGCCAAAUAGUUCGCAUCCUUAUGCCACGCUUAUUUCACAUUGGGAAGAGCUGGAGAACAAGCACACACAUGGCCUGCUGCCGGUGGGAGGCACGCUGCUGAUGAGCGAGUACAAAGUGGUGCGUGAGGCCCUGUGGAUGCUGCAGCAGCCCACCACGACAUUCCUCUUCCAAGUCUCCGACCAAGGGCAUGUCGGCGUCAAGCCCAACAUAUCCAUCCCAAGCUUGACUCCGGAAUCGCUGGCUCAACUUUUGAAUGAGAGCUUCUGCAAGUACAGUGAGAUCAUUGUGAGGCUAUCAGGUUUCAUUGAUGAUGUGAAUGAUGGAGAAACUGAGGAUAAAUUACCGCCUCACACUUACCAGGCCUACUCUGCUGCGCUGCAAUGUCAGCUCAAUGUCUUCUCGCAGUUCGUUUGCAAAUUGGAAAAGAAGGUCAUGAUACAAGAGUCCACAAAUACUCUGAUUUCUGUGAUAGAGGAGUUGAGGCCAGAAUUUGAAAAACUUGAUUACCUGUUUUCGCUGCACAAAAUGUCGGUCUGUGAUUGGAGGACUGCUCAAGGAUGGUUCUCUUGUGUCAAACUAUUAGGACAUCUGUACAGUGCAGUGUGCACGAGCUGGAAAAAGGAGUUCACAUCUAUUGCUUUGGAACUUUUCAUCAAAUCUUUCCGUGUUUAUAUUCAAAUGAUAGAUUCUUGGUUUGCCGAGGGCAAAUUGUUGGAUGACAGAUCAGAGUUUAUCAUUGCAAGGUACGAAGAAGAUUUGAAAAUUGUGUCUUACAAUGAUGUAUUGGAAGAAAUGAAGAAAACAGAAAUAGCAUCAAUUUUUAACACCAUAAUCGAUUCAUCGUCUGACUUGGAGUGCAUUAGGCGGUUGGAUGAAAUCACUGCUUUAAAAACGGAAGUUGGAAAGAAGCAUGAUCUCUUCAACGAGUUCCUUAUAAAAGUUGGAGAUAGAUUUAGAAAAUUCAAAAGUGGAACUGAUGACGAUUUGGAAGCAGAGAACACAGAAAGCGACAGAGAGGACUCUGCCACUAUCACGGCAAACAACUGUCAUUCAAAGCCUUCACUCAACUUUCCGGCAAAGAAAGUGGACCAAAUGCUGUAUGAUCUGGUCACCAGCAAAAUAUUGGAGUCACCCUGGUUAUUGGCCGCUUUCAAACAAUACUAUCCAGAAAGGAAAUCAAAUAAUGCUGAGGAUCUCGGAAAUAUUGAUAGCUAUAGAAAUAUAAUCGAAGCUCAAACUGAAGACGUUACCCUGUGCACUUUGCCAGUACAUCACAUAGUUGAGGAUGUAUUAGUGUCACUGAUCACGGAGAGAGGCUCCAUCGCGUCGAAAAUAAUGGUCGAAGUGUUGAUGGACAGGUACAAACUGCAUCAACAUCUAGCGAUUCUGUGGGGCUUUUUCACGCUCGAGUCAUCACAUAUUGUGCCAUUGUUCUACAACGCACUUUUCACCAAGUCUCUUAUAAAUAACUCGAUUGAAGCCACUGAGAAUUCAUUGAACAUCUUAUUGGAUGAAUGUGUGGAGUGUUUUCCUCACGCUGAAUCUAUGAACGUGCAGCUGUCAGUUUCAAUUGAGGAACCAGAUUCAUGGUCUGAUACUAUUAUCGACUGUAUCGACAUUCACUACAAGGUUGAUUGGCCUCUAACUCUGGUCAUCACAAAUGAAGCAAUGAAAACAUACAACUCUAUCUUCAAAUUCCUAGUCCAUAUAAAAUGGGCGCUCCAUUCUCUGCACAAGUUGCGAUUUUCAGAUAUCAAAGAAACAGAAGAAAACUUUACAAGAUUACGUCUUUUAUACAAACUCCGACUGUUCCUAACGCAUUGCGUCUCAACGCUACACUAUUACUUUCUAUCUUUCACGCCCACUCACCUCAGAUCUAAAUUUGAGGAGUCGUUGAGUCGCUCCAACUCUCUCAACAAAAUUAUAAUUGCUCAUGAAAACUAUCUCGAAAAACUGAAAGUUCAUUGCUUAUUGAACAAAGGCAACGUUCUACUGAAAUUCGUUAAGCAGCUGCUUUUGAUGGGUGCUGACCUGAACAAACUGUGGCACAAAGAAUCGUCCGCACAACUGAAGUUUGAGGAGAUCAGUGAACUAGAAGAACAGUACAUCAGAUCUCACAAUGUUCUCAAUCUGCUCCUUAAAAAUGCCGUUGAACAGCAUCCAAAUCCAGCUUUACAACUUCUAUCCAUGGAUAUUGAAAGUUGCCUUCCCGUCUGUGAUAUUGAAAUGCAAGAUGAUCUAAUGCCAUGACAUGAAAGUCAAUAAGUGUAUUAUAUUAGUAGGCGACAACAUAGUGAUUCCCACACUACAGUUUUAAAUUUAUGUCUCAAAUGGCUAGCUUUGAAUAUUGUUAUUAUGUAAGUAAUGUACUAAUUUAGUGCUAAUUUUGAACCUAGUUUAUUGCUUUAUUGUAUUGUUAAUUUAUUCAAAUAAAAAUGAUUAAUUUAUUCUUA